UUGCUACUUAACUUAGCUCUUUUUGUCCUCUCCUACUUUGUGUGUGCUGCACUUCACACUCAGAAUUACCAUUUGGUGCAAAGGAUGUGAAUUUUCAUAUCCUUAACUAUUUUUUUAUAAACUGAGAAAGAAGUAAAAAAGCAUUCUUUUUAGCUUAACUAUAAAUGAUAUAAGAAAAGCUUUGAAAAAAAAUGCAGGUAACCCUGAAUCACAUUUUUGCACAUAAUAUUCUUUUCAAUACUGGUAAGACUGAUGUACAAAAACACUCCAAAUUUUCAGAGUGGAAACGUGAAAAGACAGGUUUGUGAAGAAGCAUUGAGCAGUUACCUUAAAAUUUUUGGAUGCAAAAUUUAACUUGAAACAGCCUUUUUCUUUCCCCUUUUUUUGUUCAACGUGACUGGCAUGGCAUCUUAAUAUCUUAAACAUGCAUUAUGCUGUGCUUUAUGAGGUUUGAGAGGGGAGAAAGAAAGGAAGGUGAGAAGUUGCCCUUUGCUGUUCAACUGAAGCUACAUCUCUGGUUCCCAGAGCAGGAGACCAGAUCCAGAAAUAGGUUAUAGUUGACCAAUCAGCCCUCCUAGACUAAGAAACUUCCUUAGGUUUUUAAGUUACGUGAAUACGGGUAAAACAAAGGUCAUGUAUGUAUUAAGAUUAGGAGUCUAGAGUGCAGAUAUACAGAGUGAAGGGUGAAAGCUCAAUGUUGUAAGCCUCAGUGAGGUUUUAAAAAGAAGUUCCCAUGAAGCAUAUGCUGACACAUACAUCAUGAAUAAUUUAGGGUGUGGACAGAGGAGAGGGCAGCCAGCUGUACUUUCUGAGCCAGCUGCAGCAAACUGAUAAGCUGUUCUCGGAGUUCUGCUAGGCGGAAGUAGCAGUAAUAGUUGGUGGUUACAAGAUUAUGGGUCAUUGCCGGGAAGCUGGAAGGAUAAACAGUGGAUCAGCAUGCUUGGCAAUGAGAGAACACAACAAAAGAGGUCUUGAAAAACCUCCAAGUUCAAUCUCCCACCAAGAUGUUCACUAAACAAUGAGUAACUUUCUUAUGUCAGCAUUAAGCAGUGCACUGCUAACUGUGAGAGUAGGAGGUGGCAGGAGAAGCUUAGCUGUACCCUUCUGUCCUCCAAGUAAAUCUUCAUGUGUCUGACCAUGGAGGACUCCAAAGGGAUUAUUGUGGAAAAAUUUUUACUUGUCAACUUGCUAGGCAUAUUGAAGUACUUCAUUAGACUGAAUUUCCUAAAAUAUAUUUUAAAAAUAGUUUUAAGUAUCUUUUUGGUGUGAUUGAAAUUCCUCAGGGCAUUUCCAGACCUUUAAAACUCUAUUUCUCAAUAUGACCACUGUUGAUACACGUACUGAAAAUAUGCUGAGAUAAUCAACAUAGUAGAACCUUUAUUGACAAAUAAGUACUCAAGAUAAUUUUGCAUCUUGAACCUGUUAAGUGCUGAAUAACAUUCUGGAGUCAGGAUAGCUUCCUGUGAUGAAGAAACUUUUUCCUCAGAAAGCCAUACCUUUGGAAAUGAUUGUUUGCUGAAUGUUGUUUAUUUUGCUAAUAUGUAAAAAGUGCCAAAAGCUUAGGUGGCUGUUCACUCUUCAAUGCACUAAUUAAAACUUGAAAUACCUUCAGAAUAUUGUGGCACUUCUGUGAAAUGCUCUGUUGACAUCCAAAUGUAUGCCGAGUGUUUAAUACAAGGUUUAAUUGAAGUUAUAUUGCAUCUUUUGUCCUUUCAUUAGAUCUAUACUAGUUCAGACUAGCUGAAGAUCUUUGCUCUUGCUGAAACAAUCUGGGAGGAGAUUGAUUCCAGAGAGUGAUCUCUUGUGGUUUUUAGAACCUCUCUAUGGGCUGUUAUUGCCUUUGUGCUUAUCUAUAGUCCUCGUGGUGAGAAGAGUUCUUCCAUGGAACAGUGACCUUUGUAGCAGCAAUCAAAGGCAUAGGGACUAAUUGAAGCACCAGAUUAUUUGGAUCCACUGGGCUGAGAAUUUUGCUGUAAACAAAAUGUGUGUGAGUAGUAUUUUAGCAUGGCCACUCCUUGAAGGGGUCCUUCUCUCACCAAGGACUUAGCUGAAGAGACAAGAUUCUUUUCACACCCCUAAGGCUCUUUUUUAAUGUUUCUAGCCAUAAAACUACUGCCUGCCUUCCCUUCUUCCAGUGCAAAUAUCAGAAUGUUGAAAUUCAGACUAGUACCAAAACAAGAGAUCUAGUCAGACAGUGUGAGAGGACACAAGGAAAUGGAAUGAAGGUGUGUCAGGGAACUUCAGGUUGGACAUUAGGGAAAGAUUCUUUACUGAGAGAGUGGUUGGUCACUGGAACAGGCUCCCCUGGGAAAUGGUCACAGCACCAAGCCUGCCAGAGUUCAAAAACAUGUAGAUGUUACUCUUAGUCAUAUGGUUUAGUUUUAUUCAGUCCUCCAAGGAGAAGGGAGUUGGACUUUUGAUGAUCCUUAUGAGUCCUUUCCAAUUUGAGAUAUUCUCUGAUCCUUCCAGUACUCUUUGUAUACUGCAGUAGUCUUUUGCUUUUUGUUGCCAUGAGAAUCAAGCACAUAAUGCCUUUUUUUAACAGAUGGGUGUAUAUAUAAAGUAGUAUUUUUAGUGCUGUUUAUGUAUGAAGUCAUUCGGAAAAAAAAAAAAAAGAAAAAAGAGGCCAUAUUAAAGCAGGCCUGUUUCAUGAAUGUGCAAGAGUCAGUUUCUGUAAAUGUUACUCCUGAGACAUUUGUACCAGUGCAGCAAGUGAUAGGGCAUGUAGCUUCCUGGACUGCACGAGGAUGAAGCUCUGUUACCUACAAGGGAUUUUCACUGGAAUAAUUCAGACAAGUGGAUAUUUUUGCCUGUGUAGCCAUGCUGUUGGCUUAUGCUGUUGUCUAAGUGGGGCUUGAGUUGAUUCAGUGAGAACUUUGUUGAUUAAGAAUUCUGGAAAUUCUUACAGGUGAUGAAAUAAUCAUUAAUCUUUCAAGAAGGGAAAAAAAAAGUGUCUCUUGAGUACCCACAGUCUUCAGGAAAGUUUUUUUGAAUAUUCUCUGGUGCUUGCAUUAGAGUCAUUUUGAUAGAAAUAAAGGGACAGAAUUUGUCCUAGGGCUGAAGCCAGGCGCAUUAGCCACACUGAAGGUUUGAGAAACAGAGGUCCUGACCUGCCCCAGUGGUGUGUUUGGAGUCACUUAAGUUAGAAAAAGAAAUUAAGCUCCCAGCUGUUUCAGCAACUCCAAAUCCAUUUACAUUUACUCAUCCAAUUUAUCAGCUACAAACCUUUGUUGACAUUCUCUUAAUAACUGAACAGAAAACAUUAAUUAAAACAGUAGGCUGGAUGUGCGCUUCAUAUGUAGUGUGAUCUAUCUGGUAUGUCCUGCUCUCAGCUGGUAAAGUGCCAUGCACACGGGCUCAGUGAAGCCUCUCAAACUUCCAUCAUGGUGGAAAGUUUGCUACCUACAGAUCGCCACAUGUGGUGGGAUUUCGUUUUAGGCAUUCAGGGACAAGUUGUACAUUGUACCGUGGUCACAGAUGACUGUCUAGUUUUAAGCCUCUAAGAAAGGCUAAGCAACCUGUUUCAUAAUGUCUGCAUUUGUGCCACUUAUUUUCUCCAAGUGCCUGAAUCUGUAUGUUUUAAGUAAGUUUUAAUGAGAAUUGAAGGGGAGCUUGGACAGCACUGUACAAGGCACUGAUUUUACUGCUUAUGAAACAAAGGGUAAAUGGCAAUGAUCAGUGUUACAUAAUUUUAUAAAUAGAUUAGGAUUGAUUCAAAAUUGUUUAUUAAAUGAAGAGAAUAAAAGCUGUGGAAAUUCCACCUUUUAAAUAACAUGACUUUAGAAAUCUGGCCAUGCUGGCUUUGAAGAUCCUUUGGCUUUUUUGUGCCUGUUCUAUGGAAGGUGGUGACGUGACACCUAAAUCUUUGGUUUAAGUGCAUCUCAAAGCAAGAUGUUAUCUAGAGAUACAAAUACAGGCUUUUGCCCCAGCAUGCCUGAUGAAGUUGAAGGUUAUACUGAAAGCAUCACCUGUCUUUCUGCUUCUGAAAUUUUAAAGUUAUUAUUACAUAUUUUUUUGCUUUUCCCCUUCCAUUACAGCGUUUGCCUGGAGCAGUAGCUUCCCUUCUACAUACUUAUUUUUAAUUACUCGUGAUUGUUAGUGUUGGUAAUUUUGUUUGCUGAGGAAAUCCCCUUGCAGUGGCCUACAGACUUUGCCAUAAUUAUGAAAGAAACUCCAGGCCUACCAUUUAGAUUGUCACUUUGUAUUUUGCUCAUGAUAACUUACUACAACAUUCUCUUCUAGUGAUGUAUUAAUAGUAUCCUCAUCUAGAAGCAAUCUUAAUUUAUUUCCUCAUUUUAUUUUUAACAUCCUUUUGGAUGGAGUUCAAGAUAAGUACAGAAUAAUGUCCUUUAGAAAUCCAUAGCUGGAGAGCUCCGUGCAUCAUAUUGUCUUUACUCCAGCGCAGAGGGUAACUGUUCUGCAUAGUAGUUCUGUUCUGCAGAUGUAGUCAGAAAACAGAGGUCUGGUGUUAAUGUUGAGGAACUGUGGGGCUUUCUUAUGGAUAUUCUGUGCUGCCUGAAGGUAUUUACACUCAUACAACAUGUAUACAGUGAUAUUGCUGCAUCUGUAGAAAGUUCCCUAAGGCCAAUGAUCCUUUAGUUCUUUGUAUCUUUGACAAAUGGUCUGUGGUGGUGGUAUCUGCAGCAGCACACAGUUAACAAAAGAGAGAGCAUGCCCUGAUACGGACUGCUGUGGGCGCAAGUCCUGUUUGGCUUCAGAGGUGUUUACCUUCACCAGAAGAAUGGUACAGGGUGGACAGGUGGGGGCAGUAAUAUCUUGAAGUACUGCAUCCAAAUCUGUGAGAACCUUUUUGUUUAAAACCUUUACAUGAGCUCAUUGAACACGAAUUUGAAAGAGAAAAUAGCAGCAGCCCGUUGUAAUAAUAGAGAUUGCAUAGCAUUUGGAAACAAAGGACUACUGGAUUAGCAUGGCAGAAUUUGGGCAGCUACAGUGGAACUGCUCUGAAUUUAUUCUAAUAGAGCUAAAGGCAUAGUUUUGCCUUCAGUUUUUUGUCUUAGUUGAUAAAGAAUAUCUGCUUGCAGUAUCGUAAAAUAAGAAAUUUGUGGUAUUUCAGAAAGAGGGUUAAUAUAGUACACAGUAAAAGAAAGUACUUGGUUUAUCUUGUUUUGUGUUUUAAAAUUUAAAAAUAUUAAAACACAGCCUUUAAAAUUCAUAUCUUGAAACAGCAAAAAUGUAAUUUGUUUAAAAAUACUCUCAAACAAACAAAAAAAUACACCUAAAACUGGGACAUGAAAACGAGACAUGAUUUAACUUAAUUAUAAACCUUGAACAAGGAAACAGCAUGUUCUCAGAAUACUUAAUUACAGCAUUGUUUUUAGGUUGAGGUUUUUUGUUGUGUGUGUGUGUUGCUCCAGUCAGUCUUAAGCAGAAAGAAUAAAAGGCAAAGCACGGAAGUACAGUAAACAUCUUGAAAUGCAGUUUCCUUCUUACUGGGAACCUAUCAUGUGACUUGCUGGAAAAGAUUUACUUAAAAAAAAAAGGCAGUUUAUUUUUUGACAGCUGUAAAUCUGCUUCUUGAGAAAUAAUAUCCCGUAAGAUCUCUCAAGCAGCACUAUAAGGUUUAAAUGGUUUCAGUGUUGUAUCAGUGAAUUUCAGGAAAGAACACUGAAAUGUUUGAUUGCCCUGAAAACAUUAUUCAUUGACAGAUGAGGACAGAAACAGAGUAAGGCUUCAUACUAUUAAUGUAUAAUUAUUUUUUAGUCUGGACUCUUAAAGGUGAGAAGAUGCUAAUUUUUACUGAAUUCUACACCAUGCAAAGCCAGUUGGGGUAACUCAAUCUAGGAUGAUAGUCUUUUGUGGCAAUCUCACUAAAAGACAGCUGGGAGUUGAACUGAAAUAGGACCAGCAUUUCAGUUAGUAUAUUGAAUGUGGCUUACUCUGUCUUAAAAUUACACACACGGUAACUGUUCUAACAGCUAAGUUUCUGCGUGGCCUUCUGCUGCUCAAAAGUAUGGGUCCCAGCGAUCCCUUUUUGAAGCUGGUGGCAGAAAUUUUUUAAGAGAAAAAAGGAUCAGCUACUGUUUUUCUUUUUGAGUCAGUAUUUCUCAGAACUGCACCCCCCCCUUGUGCUUUCACAGGUGAAAAAAAUUACCUGUGGCUGGAUUGUGUACUUUUUAUUGAAGGUGAAUGGAAGGACUGACAUUUUUAUAUUGCAUUGAAACAAAGGGUUGUCAGCUCGAAAAGAUUUGCAUCAAAAAUAUAUAGGCAUGUUGACCAUGUUCAGUCAUGCUUUAAAGACAAAUUUUAGGGAGGAUUCCUACAGUAUGCUGAAAUAGGUGUAUGAAAGCCAGGAGCUAAAACAAAACUCUGGUGUUCCUGUUCUUGUCAGUCUGGGGGACCUGGUGUGAAACAUUCCCAGUUCAUGGAGGUGAGCUAGAAGCCCCUGCAUCCCCUGGUGCAGUGGGAACAGAGCAUGAAGUAUCAUGGGUGUUACACCUGGAGAGUAGCUAAGGCCUUCCAUGGAGCUAUUUAAAAACUUGUUGCUUUAAUUCCUGCUUUUGGGCUGUGAAUGACGGGACUUAACCUAGCGAGGGCACACUGGAAAGCUACAGUGUGAUCUGAAAAACAUACUUCUUGUAUGUUCUUUCUUAGGAGCUGAUGCUUCUGUCCUUUUGCAGAGGAAUUGACUGUAUUUUUAUACACAAAAUACACAGCCCUGCUUUAUGAGGAAACCACAGUACUUUGAGAUGUCCAUGACGUUUGUUACAGUUUUAUAUGCCUCUGUAUUUUUAUGGAAAAAAAGGAUGUGGAAGUCUGAGGCCAUAUAAAAGCCUCACGACUCGAGGGAGCCAGUACUGAGAGAACCCACUGCGGUGUUGUCGCAGCUCUUUCUCAUCCCUUCCCGCCUCCCUGCCGUUUUCUAGAGCUCCGAGCGCAUUUGCUGCAUCUGAAAGAUUCGUAACCGUAUUAGAGCUCCUCUUAUCACCGUUCCACCGUGCCUCUUGGAUGAAAAAAGAAAGCCAACCCUCCCGGGCCAGGGCUGUGCGCUCGGAGCCGCUGCAGCCGGGGCGGAGCGCGGCCCGGCCGUUGUCCCCGGCCUUCCGCGGCCGCGCUGCGCCGCCCUCAGCAGCGCCGGCCUCCUCCCUCCGCUUCCCUCCUUUCCUUCCUUGGAAGCCCCGCCCCAGCUCGCUGCUCUCGGCGCCUGUCGUCAUGGGUCCCGCCGCGCUGCUGCCGAUGCUGCUGGUGCCGCUGGCGGUGGCCGCGGGCGGCCCGGAGGUGCGCAGCCUGCGGGGGAGCUGGCGGCUCCGCAGCGGGAACGGCUCGGUGUCGCUCCGAGCGGAGGUGCCGGGCUGCGUUCACACCGCGCUGCUCUGCCAGGGCCUCAUCCAGGAUCCAUACUACAGAUUUAAUGAUGUGAUGUACAGAUGGAUCUCGCUAGAUAACUGGACUUACAGCAGGACAUUCAAAACUCCUUUUGACUUCAGAAAGUGGCAGAAGGUGAAUUUGGUUUUUGAGGGAGUAGAUACAGUAGCACAGAUCCUGCUCAACAAUGUCACUCUCGGGAGAACGGACAACAUGUUCAAUAGAUAUAGCUUUGAUAUUACCAGUGUGAUCCAGGAGGUCAAUUUCGUUGAAGUCCGGUUCUUGUCAGCCAUUUCAUACGCAGCGGAGCAGAGCAGAUGUCACAAAGCACACAGCAUCCCCCCGGCGUGCCCUCCACCUGUGCAGAAAGGAGAGUGCCACGUUAAUUUCAUCAGAAAGGAGCAAUGUUCAUUUAGUUGGGAUUGGGGCCCUUCUUUUCCCACUCAAGGAAUCUGGAAAGAUGUUAGGAUUGAGGCCUAUAACCAUUAUCACCUGAUUUACUUUUCUGUAACUCCUUUCUUUGAAAAGAGUACUCAUCUGUGGUAUCUUGAAGUCGAGUCUAUUUUUGAUGUAGUCAGCUCCAAGCCAAUUGCAGGUCUUGUGACUGUGAACAUUCCCAAGUUACAAACACAGCAAACGUUCAGUGUGAAACUUCAACCUGGAGAAGGCACCAUUGUGCUGCUUGUAAACAUCAACAAGAGUGCUGCAGUGGAGGCUUGGUGGCCAAAUGGACAUGGAAAGCAAACUGGAUACAACAUGACAACAACUUUCAUGAUGGAGGCAGGAUGCCAGAUUGAGAAGUUUUCAAAGGUUUAUUUUCGGACAGUAGAACUUGUUCAGGAGCCUAUUCCUGGCUCACCAGGUCUGAGUUUCUACUUCAGAAUCAAUGGCCGACCCAUUUUUAUUAAGGGCUCAAACUGGAUUCCAGCAGAUUCUUUCCAGGACAGAGUGACCUAUGACACACUAAGGCUACUCUUGAAGUCUGCAGCAGAUGCUAACAUGAAUGCCCUUCGGGUUUGGGGAGGAGGAAUAUAUGAACAAGAUGAAUUUUACGAUAUUUGUGAUGAAAUAGGAAUAAUGAUUUGGCAGGAUUUCAUGUUUGCAUGUGCGCUAUAUCCAACUGACCAGAAUUAUUUGGAAUCAGUAAGAGCAGAAGUUUCUCAUCAGGUGCGACGUUUAAAAUCUCAUCCAUCAGUUAUUCUGUGGAGUGGUAACAAUGAAAAUGAAGCAGCAAUUGCAAGCAACUGGUUCUCCAUACCUUAUUCUGAUGUAGGAGUCUAUAUCAAAGACUACGUGACCCUUUAUGUGGAGAACAUCCGUGAAAUAGUCCUCAGAGAAGAUAAGAGUCGUCCUUUUGUGGCAUCCAGUCCCACCAAUGGCUUGGAGUCAGUUAAAGAAGGCUGGCUCUCCCGGAAUCCUUAUGACACGCACUAUGGUGACACACACUUUUAUGACUACAGCAGUGACUGCUGGAACUGGACAGUGUAUCCUAAAACUCGUUUUGCUUCAGAGUAUGGAUUUCAGUCCUGGCCUUCCUUCAGUACAAUUGAAAAGGUUUCCUCCCCUGAGGACUGGUCCUACACAAGCAAUUUUUCUCUCCAUCGGCAGCACCAUGAAGGUGGCAAUAUUCAGAUGCUUCAAGAGGUUGGGCGUCAUUUCAAGCUUCCGCAGAGCCCAGAUCCUGUAAAACAGUUCAAGGAUAUGAUCUUCCUCACUCAGGUGAUGCAGGCUCAGUGUAUAAAGACAGAAACCGAAUUCUAUCGUUUUAGUCAAAGUGAAAUAAUCAAUGGAGAAGGACACACCAUGGGAGCUCUGUACUGGCAACUCAAUGACAUUUGGCAGGCACCCUCAUGGGCUUCCUUGGAGUAUGGUGGUAAGUGGAAACUGCUCCAUUAUUUUGCCCAGAACUUCUUUGCACCACUGCUGCCUGUGGCCUAUGAAGACAAAGGGAUGUUGCACAUUUAUGGUGUCUCAGAUCUUCAUGAGGACCACAAGCUGACUUUGAGGGUCGUAGUGCACGCCUGGAGCUCUUUGGAGCCCGUAUGCACCCUUGCCAAAGAAGGUGUGACUGUUAAAGCACAGAGUGCUGUCCCCAUCUACAACGAGUCCAUCAGUGACCUUCUGGAAAGAUGCAGAAAUUGUACCAGGAGAAGCUGUGUUAUUACUUUCUGUCUCGUGGGAGAAGAUGGGCUCCAGAGUCCUGUGAACCAUUACUUCCUUUCAUCAUUCAAGGAUGCCGUGGGAUUAGAGAAGACCCAGCUUAGUGCCUCUGUGUCCCAACAAGAUGACAUUUAUGUGUUUGCUCUUCAGACCACUGCAAUUGCUCCCUUUGUUACUUUGGAUGUAGGGAGUAUAAAAGGCAGAUUUAGUGAUAAUGGUUUCCUCAUGACUGAAAAGAAGAAAAUGGUUGUGUUUUAUCCUUGGGAACCUACCAGUGUUGAAGAACUAGAAAGUUCACUAAUCUUGACCUCUCUACUGGACGUUGUCUGAGAAUACUUCAUUUCCUUCCAGAUAAAGAGUGAAACAGGAGGAGAAAAAAAAAAUUAGAAGAAUUUGAUGGAAGCUGAAGUGGCAUGCACUUUGAGCUGGCUGAAGAACAUACUGUCUCUUCCUGUCUUGUGAAUUUUAACUGCUGGUUCAUUGUAAAGAUACCAACAGCAAAGCUUACAUAUAAUAUAUGUGGUGUCAUGAAAACCAUGAAAACACAUCCAUUUUCUUUGUUUGUUUCACUAUGCUGCAAGUGCAAAUUCAGUUUAGGAUAACAGCAAGGUAUGCUGGGGGCAAGGGAGAAGGACAGGGAGUGAAGCUGGGACUGCCUCCAGUAGGCCACUGAGCCACUCCUGGGCAGGUUGCUAAACAUUCACUUGUCAGUCAGCUGUGGUUUGAAAUGCAGCUGGGAUCUUGCUGGGGUUCCAGAAGGAUCCUCUGUUCACCCAAGCAAAUAUUAAUUUUAUUGCAAAGCAGAAUCGGCAUCACAAUAGAUGGAGUUUGAAGGAGCUCUGCCACUGAUGUCCAUUGCUGUCCUAAAAGCAGCAGGUGGGCAUUACUCACUGGUGGUGUGGGGGGUCUGGAGCACGUGUGGGGGGCACAGCUGUAUGUUCCAUUGCAGAACUCGGACUCAGUUUGAGUUGUGAUCACAGUUUUAAUGAGCAUGUUGAUACUUGAGUGUUAACCAAAACUGACAUACUCCUGAGUGAGAGGAAGAACUUAGAGAUGAAAGGGAAAUGAUUAAUGAGAGUUUCUUUCAAAUGCUUUAUUGGGUCACCAAAACAACUAACUGCAGUUGCAUCUGGUUCAAAACAAGUCCUAGUUAAAAGAAGACAUGAAAAUAAUCAAAAUAUGGAUGCGUAUGUGCCAAUGUUAAUAGAUUCUGUAAAAUAGACAGGGAAAAUGACAGUCAUGAGUAAAACUUGACAAAUGCAGGCAUUGACAAAGGAAAUUAAAUAGUUAUUCUGGGAGGCAUCAUGGGCCAACAAUACCAGAAAAAUCCUUCCUUUUUUUUUGGCGUCCUGGAAUCAAGGUGGAAUCAAAGCAGCAGUAAAGUCAAGAGAUGGGAACACUCCUGUCCACACAUCCAUCUUGCCAGCUGAGUGUUGUUACAGCUGCAGCAGCUGUGAACUGUAUUGGCAGGUCUGUCUGAUGGGGGUUUGGCAGCAGGAGCCUUAGGAGGAGCAUUUGGUAGGUGUGGUGCUUGUCCUCAGUGUCAUUACAUGAUUGAUGGCAGUAGAGGGGACUGGUCCUGUCAGUGUUCUUUCAGGGUGCUUCCUUGCAGUGUCUUGUUAAGGACCAGUGAAUUCUCUUGUGCUCAUGGCUUGUGUUUGCUUCUGGGCCCCUCUGGGCUGUUCUCCACUGAUGGCAAAAGCAGCAGCCAGAGUGCCCCACAGCCAUGACAAAUGCCCUUCUAGAACAGAACUUGAGAGCAGGUUUGGGAAGAACACUGUGUGGUGUUGCCUAAUCUGUUGUCCUAAAACCAUUCUCUGUGUGGGAUUUAGCUGUGAACACAUUCUGGGCUUGCAGAGGCCAUUUUGUGCUUUGGAGGGCACCUGUUUCUACUUCCUGCCUCACAAGGAAGACUUAUUUUGCUCCAGUUUACUGGAGCAUGUCCUUGGAAGCUUUUUCAAGUUCUGCAUUUUCUCCAGGAAAGAAGCAUGCAAAUAUAUCUAAAAAUUACUCUCUAAGAAUCUUUUGAAGCCAGCAAAAGUUUGGACUGCACCAUUGGCCAUUACUGUAGAACUGCUUUAUUUCAAGGCAUGAUCAUCCAGAAACUCCAGAAGCUGUGGAUGGUGGGGGUGACACCCAGGUUACUGAAGACUGAGCUGAGCCAAGAACCACCUUGUCAACACUCCAUCUUUGUGCUACAGAAAUUGGCUAAA